UAGAAUCGUACUGGUGGAGGUUUGCCAGUGACGUCUCUUUGGAGGGCCUGAGUUACUGAAGGGGAAGGGAAGGGACGCUACGCACUUCCUGCAGACCCGUGGGCGAAGGACCGCGUCUCAAGCCUCACCAGGAAACUACUCACGUUCCUGUGGAACCAAACUAGAAUUUAUAAGAACAUAAUGGAUGGAGAAGAGAAAACCUAUGGUGGCUGUGAAGGCCCUGAUGCCAUGUAUGUCAAAUUGAUAUCUUCUGAUGGUCAUGAAUUUAUUGUAAAAAGAGAACAUGCACUAACAUCAGGAACAAUAAAAGCCAUGUUGAGUGGCCCAGGUCAGUUUGCCGAAAAUGAAACUAAUGAGGUCAAUUUUAGAGAAAUUCCAUCUCAUGUGCUAUCAAAAGUAUGCAUGUAUUUUACCUACAAGGUUCGCUACACUAACAGCUCUACCGAGAUUCCCGAAUUCCCAAUUGCACCUGAAAUCGCAUUGGAACUACUGAUGGCUGCGAACUUCCUAGAUUGUUAAAUAAAAUAAAUUAUAAUAAACUGUUAAUUUUUUUUUCAGUAUUUAAUAUUUGUAGUUCAGUUAGUAAUUUUUUCAUAUAUAGCAUGUUGCCUGUAUGCAAUUGAACUACAAAUUUAAUUGCAAAGCAGAUUUUCUUCUGUUCUUUUGCAUAGCAAUCAAAGUUAAAAUUUGUUUCAUACAUCAACAAAUUAAGGACAUUUUCACAAACUAAGAAAUAAACAAUUAUGCCAAUUUGUAGGUGGUUUUGUUUAUCCUUUGGAUGUGACUUUUAAAAUUAGAAUGAUGAUACAAUAAAUGCUGAAAUAUAGGCAUAAACGAACAUGUUCUACAGGUAAAUAAUGGGGCUAUGUAUUUUUGUUUUUAGUGUUUUUUAAAAAAAAAAAACUUAUUCUGAUCUAUAGCCACUGAUAGCAUUACUAGAGUUAUGCAAAUAAUUACAUAAUAAACAUGUUUAUAACUUAGCCAAAAGUUGAUUUUUGUAAUUCAAAGAAUGAGAGUUGAAAUUUCUUAUGUGUUUUUUGAUAAACCGCAGUAUUAUUUAAGUGUA